CUUUCAUCCCUUGCACUACUUUCCUCUCAUAUUACCCAUCAGAACCAUGGGUGACUCAAACGUUUCCUUCGAUCGUUACGAUGCUCUCGUCGUCGGUGCUGGAUUCUCCGGCAUAUCUAUGCUCUACCGCCUUCGGAAGCUGGGGCUGAAUGCUAAGAUCUUCGAAGCGGGGGACCAGUUUGGUGGAACGUGGCACUGGAAUCGCUACCCGGGAGCGAGAGUCGAUUCCGAAUUUCCUUGGUACCAGUUGAAUAUUCCUGAGGUGUACAUGACAUGGACAUUCAAAGAGAGAUACCCUGACCAUCGUGAAAUACGCGCUUAUUUUGCGCACGCUGAUAAGGUCCUGAACCUCCGGAAGGACACACAGUUCAAUAGGAGAGUGGUGGAUUGCUCCUGGGACGACGAUGCCGGAGAGUGGACGGUCAAGACGCACGAGGGGCAGGUCGUCAAGACGAGGUUCCUGCUCCUCUGCUCCGGCCUGCUGCAUCAGCGCCACAUCCCUGACCUCCCCGGCCUGAAAGACUACAAGGGUGAAGUCUACCACUCCUCGUUCUACCCUGAAGACCUGAACCUCAAGGGCAAGCGCGUCGGUCUCGUCGGCGCCGGCGCCACUGCAGUGCAGAUCACCCAAGACGUUGCCAAAGUAGCGGACCAUCUGACCAUCUUCAUCCGUCGUCCCUCGACGUGCCUGCCUGCUGGGCAGAGACCAGUCUCCGAUGUCGAGAAUCGUUCUUGGCGCCAGUACCUCGGUGCCGUCUUCAAGGAGAGCCGGACGUCCACCAACGGCUUCUUGCCUGUGACCAAGCCAACCAAGACGACCCUAGAAGCCACCGCGGAGGAACGCAACGAGCUCUGGGAGGAGUUGUGGAAACGUGGUGCAUUCGCCUUCUGGACUCAGUCAUACGCCGAUUCGCUUACAUCGAAGGAGGCGAAUAAACUGCACUACGAGUUCUGGGCACGCAAGGUCCGCGCGAGGAUGACAGACGAGAAGAAGAUGCAGUACAUGGCCCCACUGCCGGCGGACAAAAUGCCCUACUACAUCUUCACCAAGCGACCGCCUCUGGAGAUUGACUAUUACGAGAUGGUGGACAAGCCAUCGGUCGAUGUGGUCAACACCAAUGAAACUCCAUCCAAGAAGUUCAAUGAGACCGGCAUCGAGAUGGACGACGGCAGACAAAUUGACUUUGACAUCCUCAUACUGGCAACGGGCUUCGACGCCUUCAGCGGCUCCCUCUCCAAAAUGGGCCUGAAAAACCGCGAUGGCACCGACCUGCGCGACUACUGGAAGGACGGGAUCCGCUCCUACAUGGGGAUGGCGUCAUCCGGUUUCCCUAACGCCUUCAUGUGCUACACCUCCAUGGCCCCGACGGCGUUGUCCAAUGGCACCACGACGAUCGAGGUCCAGGCCGACUUCGCCACCGCCGCCAUCAAGCAAGUGCUGGACUCCGAGAAGGAGGGCCGCAAGAUUAAGUCCGUCGAGGCGACGCACGAGGCCGAGGACGAGUGGGAGGCGUACGUGGACGAGCAGAACGCGCCGACCCUCAUGCCCUUCACGGGCAGCUGGUGGACGGGGGCGAACAUCCCCGGCAAGAAGCCGCAGCAGCUGACUUACCUCAAGGGCUUGUCGACCUAUGAGAGCGAGGUCAUGGAUAAGCUGGACGGCUGGAAGGGGUUUGAGGUGCGCUACUGGGACGGUGAUGAGGCUACCGUGGUUGUAGCUGAGCCGAAUGUGUUGAAGAGAAAGGCAGGGGAUGUCGAUCGUACGGAUAAGGGGAAAUAUGGACCGCAAGAAGUCGAGGAGGCGAGCGAGGCAAAGGAUAUUCUACGUCCUACUGCGGUUGCGUAGGACUCUUGAGUUCUUUUGCGGUCUUAGUGUAAGCGUUAUCCGAUUUGACAUUUCAAUGACCUUCCAAGGUCGAUGGAGCAUUGAGAGAGGCAUCUCAACUGAAAUCCAGCAACUCUACUCCG